UUAAUCUUCACAAUACCUGGCCAGAUUUUGCUCUUGAUAAAGGUGGCUUUAAGCAGAUCAUCUGUCUAGUAGUAAAUAUGUUUUCCAGUUUUGGCUAUCCUAGCAACUUAAAGGUAAUAGGCUAUGCCCUGAGUUAGUAACCCAAAUAUUUAAAAACAUGAGUGGUUAAAGUUUAAUCCGCUGUCGUGGUGAUGAUGUGGCAACAGAAGCUGUGUGUCAGGAUUCAUUCUUCGCCUGGAGAACGAGGUGGCAGUAACGCUCGUGUAGUACGGUCUCUUACAGAAUAUGGGAUGAGUAAAGCAGACCUUGUUAAUGGUUGAAAAUAGAGGUUUCCACCAUGAAUGGAUACCCAAACUGCUCUGCUAACCACACUAAAAUUUGGAGUCAUUAUUUAGUACUCGCACUGGGCAUCCCUCAGCUGACCAUUAACAUAGCAUCUGUGAUCUUCAACUGCACAGUCAUCUUCACCAGAAUGGCCACAAAGGAUCUGCACAAGCCUAUCUCUAUACUCUUCUGCAAUUUGGCUUUUUCUGAUCUCUUCACCAGCUUUUCUGGCUUUUGGAUUUCAAUGCUGUUCAUCACCAAUCCUGACAUUACAAUCUUUGGAUCCAAGGAUAUGCUUGCGCCUUAUGCCUUAUAUACUAUGUCUAUUUUAUCCACCAUCUAUAACUUGGUAAGCAUUGGAAUUGAACGCUAUCUGGCUGUGGCUGAAAGCAUGAGAACAAGAUUCAGGGUUGCUAGAACUCAUUCCAUAGCUGCAGUCUUAAUUAACUGGGUCCUUGCUCUCUUUUUGGGGUGCUUGCCAUUGAUGGGGUGGAACUGCUUGCGCACGGAAAAAAAUCUCUCCAUCCUCUACAGUCCGUUUUGCGUCGACUACCUCAUCUUCAUCGCCAUUCCCAAUGUUGUGGUGGCUUUUAUUAUACCUCUGUUCACUUACCUUAGAAUCAUUAUCAUCCUGAGGAAAAGAAAGCUGAGAAUGAAAGCAUGCGGACAAGCCACGGGCACCUACAAAUCAGCCGAAAUCCAGGUUGCCAGAACCAGUAUUUUUAUUUGGCUCCUGGCGUUGAUCUCCUACGCUCCUUUUUUCGCAGGAGUCAUAUUCGACGCAACUAACCACCAGUGCCACGCUGAUCUCUACCCAGGCGUCUACAUCUUUCGAAACUGCACAGCUAUGCUGAUAACCAUGAACUGCUUGGGAAACCCUAUCAUUUAUACCCUGAAACCCAAAACCCUGGGGUCUAAACUCAACCCUCUGAAAUGCCUCUGCCAGCGUGUCCGAGCCCGCACCAUUGAGAACAUCCAGCCGGGGCUGCCCGUGGUCCAGGGCUGCUGAUGGACCUGACCUAGUCAACGUAGUCAGGGGCAGAGCUGAAAUAACGCCCCAUUCCCGCCCGCUGCCGGCGAGGGGACAGCUCCGGGGUGCGGAAACCAACGCGGGG